UCCUCUCCUCCCCUGCCCGCCCGUCAUGGCGCUGCUGGCGGCUCCGCGCAGCCUGGCGGCUGCCUCCUCCCGCAAGCGGCGGCUGCUCGCCAUCGCCCUGCUGCGGCCUCCCGCCGCCGCCGCCGCCUGCGCGCACGGCUGGCUUGCGGGGAGCGGGCGGCAGCGGGCCCCCGCGGCCCCGGGGAGCGGCCAGGUUCCACCAUUCUGCAAGCAAAGAUCAUGGCACAGUCUGGGGGGAGAUUAUUCAAGGCCGUUAUUAGAGGCUUCAGAGAUCCUCCCGAGGUGGCGACUGAUAGAAAAGAGAAUGUGUUGGCAUGGUCAUGCGGGUGGAGGGCUUCACACAGAUCCAAAGGAAGGGCUGAAAGAGAUAGAUGCCAAAAAGAUUAUCAGAGCAAUGUUGUCUUAUGUGUGGCCCAAAGACAGACCAGACCUGCGAGCCAGAGUAGCCAUAUCUCUGGGGUUUUUAGCAAGUGCAAAGGCCAUGAAUAUAUUGGUUCCCUUCAUGUUUAAAUAUGCAGUAGACAGCCUCAACCAGGUAUCUGGAAACAUACUCAACCUGGAUGCUGCACCAAAUACAGUGGCAACUGUGGCAACUGCUGUUCUCAUUGGCUAUGGUAUCUCAAGAGCUGGGGCAGCGUUAUUUAAUGAAGCUAGAAAUGCAGUAUUUGGGAAAGUAGCUCAAAAUUCAAUCAGAAGGAUAGCAAAGAAUGUUUUUCUGCACCUUCAUAACCUGGAUUUGGCGUUCCAUCUAAGUAGGCAAACCGGAGCUCUGUCAAAAACCAUCGACAGAGGAACAAGAGGCAUUAGUUUUGUUCUUAGCGCUUUAGUAUUUAAUCUGGGACCGACAAUGUUUGAAGUGGCACUAGUCAGUGGAAUUCUGUAUUACAAAUGUGGUGCAGAGUUUGCUUUAGUAACUCUGGGGACACUAGGAGCCUAUGCAGCAUUCACGAUAGGAAUUACCCAGUGGAGGACUAAGUUUCGAAUAGAAAUGAACAAAGCAGAUAAUGAUGCGGGUAAUGCUGCAAUUGACUCGCUACUAAAUUAUGAGACUGUGAAGUAUUUCAAUAAUGAAAAAUAUGAAGCCCAACGGUAUGAUCAGUUCUUGAAGACCUAUGAAAAUGCCUCCCUGAAGACUACCUCUACGUUAGCUCUCCUGAACUUUGGACAGAGUGCUAUAUUUAGUAUUGGCUUAACGGCCAUCAUGGUGCUUGCUAGCCAGGGCAUUAUUGCAGGCAGCCUUUCUGUUGGAGAUCUAGUAAUGGUGAAUGGAUUGCUGUUCCAGCUUUCUCUUCCCCUAAACUUCCUGGGAACAGUAUACAGAGAGACAAGACAAGCACUUAUAGAUAUGAAUACCUUGUUUACACUUCUCAGUGUAGAUACCAAAAUUAAAGACAAAGAGCUGGCUCCACCCCUGCAGAUCACACCACAGACUGCUGCCAUCGCCUUUGAUAAUGUGCAUUUUGAAUACCUUGAGGGGCAGAAAGUCCUUGCUGGAGUGUCUUUUGAAGUCCCUGCAGGAAAGAAAGUGGCCAUUGUAGGAGGUAGUGGGUCAGGGAAAAGCACAAUUGUGAGAUUAUUAUUUCGUUUCUAUGAACCUCAGAAAGGAAAUAUUUAUGUUGCUGGACAGAACAUACAAGAUGUCAGUUUGGAAAGUCUGAGAAAGGCAAUAGGAGUUGUACCUCAGGAUGCUGUUCUCUUCCAUAACACUAUCUAUUACAAUCUGGUCUAUGGCAAUAUCGGUGCAACACCAGAAGAGGUGUAUGCAGUAGCAAAAUUGGCAGGAAUCCACGAUGCCAUUCUUCGAAUGCCAAAUGGUUACAACACUCAGGUUGGUGAACGAGGACUCAAGCUCUCGGGAGGAGAAAAGCAAAGAGUUGCAAUUGCUAGAGCAAUGUUAAAGGAGCCACUUGUUUUUCUCUAUGAUGAAGCCACAUCAUCUUUAGAUUCAAUUACAGAAGAGAAUAUUCUCAGUGCCAUGAGGGACAUGGUGAAACACCGAACAUCGGUUUUCAUUGCCCACAGGUUGUCAACAGUAGUUGAUGCAGAUGAAAUCAUUGUGCUGGAUCAGGGUAAAGUUGUGGAACGUGGUAGACAUGCAGACCUCCUUGCAAGUCCUAACAAUCUCUAUUAUGAAAUGUGGCAUACACAGAGCAGCAAAGUACUAAAUAAUCAUAACAAUCCAAAUUGGGAAGAGAGAAAUAAUCGGAUGUCCAAAGAGGAGGAAAGGAAGAAACUAGAAGAAGAAAUUAUCAAUAGUGUGAAAGGCUGUGGAAACUGUUCAUGCUAAGUAUGAUCCUGGAUUAAUCUUCUGAACAGGUUAAAAAUGCACAAGAUGACAAUGAAGUGCAGCUCUUGUUUUUAAGUCAGCAUUCAAAAACUUCCUGGGUUUUGCAGUUUUUGGGUUUUACAGUUUCUCAGAGGGACGUAAUUUCAACCAAAGGAGUUCUAUUUUUACAUCGUUAGAAAACUCUAAUAUUCAGUGGCAUCUGCAAGAGCUGAGCUUUUUCAAAAACUUUAAACAUCUCAACUAAGAGUGUAAUUUAUGGCAAUUUUUAGGCAUUGGUAAAUUCUGGUAGUCGCUUGAGGUGGAUUAUUAAAUUGUAAACAGAUUUGUCAUUGAUUUACGUUAUUUCUCAUCAUUAAUGGUUGAUAAAUAUGUCAUGUUUUAAUUGUAAUUGGGCUAAUUUGAACUCAUUUGGUAGUGAGGAAGAUGCAAUUUAAAUUCUUCAGUGGUAUUCUGGUUUAAAAUGUUCUUCCUUCUAAAGAAUAAGAAAAGCCUCAACAACAUAUUAGAGGCUUCUAGCAGCAAACUAAAUAUUGGAAUUAUCCAUCUCACCCUUCAAAAACACCUUUCAUACUGGACUAUCAGGAAAUGUCUUGGUAUUACUCUAAAAGAAAGCUAACAGUAUUUUUUAAGAGCUGGCAAAAAUCUAGAAUUGACAAAAUAUUGUGUGACUUUACAGAAAACAUACAAAAUGUUGUAUGUAAAUAUGAAGACUCGGAAGUUUCCCUUAAAUGAAAAAAUCUGAGUUCAGGAUUCUGUAUCCUGAACAUCUGCUGUAGUAGUGAAAGCAGAAUGCAGUCACUUUUUCUAUUUCAGUCAUGGUCUUAGGGAGCAAUUAAGAUUCAAUAAAGACUUCCAUAAAUUUCUAUUAUGUCAUUAAUGUAUGAGAAAAUGACCUGGAUAAUCUUGAAAGUGUUGCUAUAAUAAUCUCAUUUCAAUAGUCAGAACUUCUUCAGUGUCAAGAAACCUCAGUCUUUACCAUUUGUGGGACACUGCAGGUGUAUUGGGUUUGCAUGGCAAGGUUUUGGUAGUGGGGGGGCUACAGGGGCGGCUUCUGUGAGAAGCUGCCAGAAGCUUCCCCAAUGUCCAACAGAGCCAAUGCCAGCCGGCUCCAAGACGGACCCGCCGCUGGCCAAGGCUGAGCCCAUCAGCGACGGUGGUAGCACCUCUGGGAGAACAGAUUUAAGAAGGGGGAAGAGUUGCUGCACACCAGCAACUUCAGCUGGAGAGAUGAGUGAGAAGAUGUGAGAGAAACAACCCUGCAGACCCCCAGGUCAGUGAAGAAGGAGGGGAGGAGGCGCUCCAGGCGCUGGAGCAGAGAUUCCCCUGCAGCCUGUGGAUGCCUGAAGGAGGCUGUGGCCCCGCAGGAAGCCUGCGCUGGAGCAGGCUCCUGGCAGGACCUGCGGAUCCGUGGAGAGAGGAGCCCACGCUGGAGCAGGUUUGCUGGCAGGACUCGUGACCCUGCGCUGGAGCGGUCUGUUCCUGAAGGACUGGAGCCCGGGGAAGGGACCUAUGCUGGAGGAGCUCAUGAAGAGCUGCAGCCUGUGGGAAGGACCCACGUUGGAGAAGUUUGUGGAGGACUGUCUCCUGUGGGAGGGACCCCACGCUGGAGCAGGGGAAGAGUGUGAGGAGGAAGGAGCGGCAGAGACAACGUGUGAUGAACUGACCACAACCCCCGUUCCCCAUCCCCCUGUGCCGCUGGCAGGGAGGAGGGAGAAAAAUUGGGAGUGGAGUUGAGCGCGGCAAGAAGGAAGGAGUGGGGUGAAGGUGUUUUUAAGAUUGGAUUUUAUUUCUCAUUAUCCUACUCCAAUUUGAUCGGUAAUAAAUUAAACAUUUCCCCAAGUCGAGUCUGUUUUGCCUGUGGUGGUAGUUGGUGAGUGAUCUCUCUCUGUCCUUAUCUCGAUCCAUGAGCCCUUCACUGUAUUUUCUCUCCCCUGUCCGGCUGAGGAGGGGAGUGAUAGAGUGGCUUUUGGGGGCACCUGGUGUCCAGCCAGGGUCAACCCACCACAACAGGAUGGUAUUUUUAGGCCUUAUCUCUUCAGGGAAAUUUACCAUAUCUAUUUAUCACUAGUUAUUCUGGUAUAAUUCUUCAUGUUGAAUUUAAAAAUAAAAAUCUUUCUCUUGGAUGUUGAAAAAUAACUUUUUGUUUCUGGGGAAUUAUACCAGUAUAAUUACACUGAUAUAAUUACGUUUGUAAAUCAGAUGCAAGAUUUCUCAGUGUGGGCACUAGGGAGGCACUGAAUUUGGUGCUUCUGGAAACUUACUUGCAAUAGUGUUUAUUUUUUUGUGUUAUAUUCUCCCCUGCAACCAAAUAUAGGAACAGUAACUUAAAGGCAGUGAAACCUUUGCUAUCUUUUCUGCUAGUUACUCAUUUUCUCUCUAUUAAAAUGAUGGGUGAAAAAAAAACAACCUGGCAUCAAUCUCCAGUUUAAAAUUAUUUUAAAAGUAUAUUGAAUGCAAGGACUUUUGUUUUCAUCCUUGGAGUGCAGAAGCAAAGUGAAGCCUUGUUAAUGUAGUGGCAGUUUAGAAUUCUUCUAGCUUACAGUCUUCCUUUUAUUUUCACCAAUUGUCAUCUUUUUUUAGUUUCUGACAGCAGUGAGGUUGACUAUAAAGGUGCAGUUAUCUCUCAACUGCCAGAAACAGUUAGCAAAGGUUUAUUAAAAAGUCUUUUUACGAGGCAGCUCCUUUCCUGUAUCACGGCUAAUAAAAAACCCAAACAAUGUGUCGUCCCUCCCCACCCCACAGCAGCUAGUUUUUUGGAAUUAAGUAAUUUGUUGCAUGCAGCAGAUAAUGUGCAAAGGCUGUAAAUAGUAAUAUUUCAAUCCUGAAGAUUUUUUUCCUUUGGCACAAAUAUUAGAAAUGUCACUGGUAUGGAAGAUGGAGGAAAAGUUUUUUCUCAAUGAACAAUUUUCUGUAUUGCAGGGAUUAGACAUCCUAGUAAUUGUCUACAGAAAGCACAGAAGCUAACAUUAUUCUUUAAAUGUCUGAAACCAAAAGGCAUUUUAAUGCCAAAUUUGAUUGUGUUUGUGAAGGGAAGUUUUCAGAUGAACAAGUGAUUGUACAAAGCUGAUGCAUUUUAUCACUGGGGAUGGACUUUGCAAGUACUCUUAGAGUCUUGGGUGUUAUGGGUUUGGAAUGAGGACCAUUUUCAAAUGGUAAAUAUCAGGAAUGAUCAAUGUUUGUUUAAAUCUGUAAAGGGUUUGAUAUAGCUAUAAGGCCAUUACCUAUCUCUGCCAUCGUUUUUGAUGCCAAUCAAUGUGCUGCAGCUUUGUCCAACUUUUAGUAAACUGAAUGAUGGGAGGUAACUCUUAACAGAGGCAUUGCCUGAAAAAGGAGGCCAGUCAUACAGUAGAAUAUUUGUUUUAAAGAAUUGCAGUGAGUUUCUGGAGAUGACUGAAAACUUCCUGUGUCAUGAUGUUGCUAGAUAAGCAUUCAUGACUUGUUUGUGGCUUUAUUUGAAUGAAUGCUGUCUGUGCUUGUCAGUCUGCUGCUUAGACAGAGGUUACAAAAAUAUACUUUACCUUUGUAAAUUUAGCAGCUACGCACAAGAAAUGGAGAAAAGAAGGGAAAAGAAAAAAGGCAUCUGCACUAAUGAGAGCAAAAAGGUUUUUCUCCCCCCAUUACUUUCCCAAGUUAAAUGGGAAAAACUUCCUAUAAAAGUAGAAGUCAUUGCAUAGCUGAAGAGUUGUAAACGAGCAGGGUCCUCUGCUGCCGCAGCCUCACACAGUUCUGUCAAACAUGCAAGAACAAAAUGCUGAGUGUUACAUUUUGCUUGUGAGCAGCCGUCUUGGAGCAGCCGUAGCAAUACUUGGCGACUCCCUUGUCCGCUAGAAAGUAAAGCUGGUGCUCUCUUUGGUUGGUUGGUUUUAGUUUUAUUUUAAAUUUUUAUUCGUAUACUGUGACUCCAAAGUGUCACCAUUUCAAGCAGACGUUUAAAAUGCUGAAUGGGAGAGUCGUGGCUUUGGAGAGGCUCUCACUGUAGUGCACUGACUCUUAAGGCAGUAUAUAUGGCACCUUUUUAAAAAGUCUUCCAGUUUCUUACAGAAAACAGAUUUAUUUUGGAGCUCUUUCACAGCCUCUGUGGAUCUUGGUAAUUCUGCUCUUCUGUAAUCUGGAACACCGCUUUUCUAAAUAGCAUCUUUUCAUAUUCUGGACUUUUAGGUGGCUGUUUUUCAAAAUUCAAGUCAUCUACUACCAUUAUAAAAUCUUUGUCUGCAAUUUUAGAGUGGAAAAAGCCAUUUAAUUGUUUUCCCCUUCCAUUCUCUGUUUUUAAAGGAAAUGUGUUUGUGACAAAUGGACGUUAAAAAGGGGCUGCUUCUUGCAGUGUAUAGUCACCUAUUAACUGUGAACUUACAGAAUUUAAUUCCCAUGUAAAAACUUAUUAGGCACAGGAUGUGAAGACACAACACACAGAAUUUUGGCUAUUCUAAUCUCCAAGUUAGAAAACUUCAUUAGUGGUGGGUGGGGAGGUUGUUUUGUUUUUUACAAACGGAUAUUUGUAUUUGCCACUUGCAGAUGAUCCCUCAGUUUACUGUCAGCAGUUCUGUUAUAUGGAUUAGUAGUUACCUAUAUUUCUUAACACCGAGAUUUUAAAUUAUGUUCAACUUUGUUUUCAGAAUGGAAAUGUAAAAUUUACAUUGUACAGUAAGAAGUUAGGUGUUCAAGAACAACAACAAAAAGCUAGUUUAAGAUCAUACCGUGUAAACAUUCUGCUGGAAGACUUCUUACCCUGACUCCUGUUGUUCAUCUGUAUAUAGAUAAUUAUUACUAAAUAAAGGAUUUAUCUUUGUGAAUAGAAA